UACUCUGGUCAGUGGUACAAUCAGUGGACUACAAUGCCUAUGCCUGGUGUAGGUCUAACACCCUUUUCAUCGCUCCCUCAUCAAGCUCCUGUAGAAACGAAGAAGGAUCCAGGCCCAGGGAUGGGCGGGGGUGAACACGUUGACGAGCUGCUGCCAGCUGUGGGUGCUUUACCGGCAGGUUAA